AUGGCUUCCAGGGACGAUCCAGGAAUAGUAUUUUCUCAGGCGUUAAUCAUCUGUCAAGACUGUUCUAACAAAGCUAAGCUGUUCUGUAAGAAUUGUGAAGUAAAUCUCUGUAGAAAAUGUGUUGGUCAACAUAUGUUAUCGCCGCCACUCAAAGAGCAUGACGUUAUCAAAUAUUCCCACAAACAUUCUGGAAUCCCCAAAAUAGUUUGUCCUACCCAUAGAGAACACCGGUGUGACUUGAAUUGUCAGGAGUGCCACGUUCCUAUCUGUAUUGAAUGCAUCGCCUCAAUGGCGCAUUCAAGUCAUAAAAUUAAACAAAUUGCAGAAAUCUUUGAAGAACAUGAAGAUGUCAUAGUAAAGGAAACAGUAUUCUUAGAGGGGAAAAUUGCACCAGAAUACGUAAGGAUCAUGGAGUGGAUGAAAAGGGAUAUUCGUGAUUUGCCAAAGAACAAUGUUAGACUGAAAUCAAAGUUGUCCGAACAGGCUCGUAGACUACAUAGCACGAUUGAUAGGAUCGUCAAUAAACGGUGUGCUGAUCUUGAUGUUAUGAUGACUCGUGAUGUAACCAGAAUGAAGAAGAGUCUUUUAGAGUUUCAGAAUCUUUUAGAUGCUAUUCGUGAUGUUAUCCAGACGAAUAAAGAACUUCUGAAAGCCAGACGGAGUGAGAUCCUUAGUUACCAGUCGAAAAUAGACAAAUUUACAGAUAUGCCCCUACAAAGUAAGAUUCGAUCAGGCAGCUUUACACCAGCGAAGAUACGUGAUGAAGAAAUAUAUUCCUUACUUGGUAAUCUUUCUCCACCAACAACAACAAUUUCUGAACAAGCAAGUAUGAAGCAAAUAAAAGAACAAAUAGUUCGUCUGCAAUUUCGUCAACGUAAGCUGCUGACAAGACCGAAACUGACUGCUACUAUAGACACAGAGUACAAAGUACCAUAUGAAGUGAACUGCAUAGGGAAUGACCAAGCCUGGGUAUCUGGAAAUACUGACGCCUUAAGUCGAGUGAACAGUGCAGGAUCGGUUCUGGAAAGAGUUCGAACCCCGUGUGGUUCAUCUCCAUACGGACUAGCAGUGACCAAAGAUGGGGAUCUUUUAUAUACGGACAAUACGACACAAAAUGUAUACGUAGUGAAGAAUGGAAAAGUUGAGGCACUCAUUAGAACACAGGGGUAUCCAUCAGGAAUCUGCUCCACCUCGGCAGGAGACAUUUUUGUCGCAUUGAGCAAUCAAAGUUACACAGAGUAUGAUUGGAAUGACAGCAUUAGAGUAGGCAAAUACUGCGGUGCAUCACUAACACAAGAGAUGCAGUUUGAUGAAAACAAUCAACAGAUAUUUGAAAAUGGUUAUAGUUCCACAUUGCGAAUCACAGAGAAUAUUAAUGGUGAUUUUUGUUAUGUUGACUAUAAUGCCAACGAAGUUAUCAUCAUUAGUCCGCAAGGGAAUGUGAAAUCCACAUACGCAGGUCACAACGUACCUACAGGUGGUAAAACGUUUGGUCCCCAUUCCAUCACCACAGACAGACAGGGUCACAUCCUAGUGUCUGAUUUCAAGAAUGCCUGCAUCCAUAUCCUGAACAUGGACGGGCGAUUCUUGUCUGCCAUAGAGUGCGGUGGAUCGUCUCGUCCUCUCGGUGUCAGUGUGGACAGCGAAGACAGACUGUGGGUUGUUGAGGGAAACUCCAGAAAAUUGAUCAUAAUUCAGUACCUGGAUUAA